CCGCCCCUGCCGACAACGACGACGCGUAUCCCUCGCUAAUCGCCGCGAAAUCGCGGAUAGCGAGGAAUUUUCUUUUCAGGGUGAUUCUCAGAGAGUCGCGAGGCCGGACUGUACAUACCUUUGUACGAUUUCAAUUUUCGUCAAACACCUGUUUAUCCGUUAUUUCACCAAUCACCCGGGUGUACCUUGUUUUUUGUCUGAUUCUUAAUACGAUGACUGUUGGUCAAUUUCUUCGUGAAACCGAUACGACAUCGCGCGCAUCGAUCGAAAAGGUAGACCGUACGGUGUACUAAGUCGCUUUGGACGAUCGCUGUGACAAAUCACCGUUACCAUUAUAAUUUGUGGUGUUUAACGGCGAGAGCAGACGGUGUGAAGAAAAACAAUUUUUUUAAACAAAUAAUUUAUACGUAAAAUGUAGCCACGUUCAGUUUAUGUACCGGUCUUCUCUUGUAACACAUAGUUUAUGCGUGAGCUGCAAUGUUCAUCAUCGACGCCCGUCGAGGGAUGUAUAAAACGGAAAAGUGCGAGUGCAGGAUAGACGAAAAUUCGAAAGAGUCCGAUUGGAGGCAUACAAUAUAACUCUAGUGAUAAAAGAUGAGUCGUGGAGUUUGAGAAUUUCACCACUUUGUUUUUUUUUUUUUUUGUUUUUUAAAGAAAAAUACAAAGUGCCUAAAGUUCGAGAUAGAUAAGUGCCGCGUGGAGUGUUAUGUUAUAAAUCAUCUUAUCUCCCGUGGCUGGUUGCCUUAGUGAAAAUGACGGGCGUUUCGUUGGAUUGAUGAUAAAACGACUAUAUCCACGGAGACGGGACGCGGAGCUUGUUGUGGAUUAGACGUUUCACAUUUCAAAGGGUUGAAAAGGGGACGGAGACACUUUGCGAUCGGCGAAGAAUUCGGAGAUAAAAAUUUGCUGGAGAGGAUUAAAAAUCGUCGCGUGCUGUCCGAGAUUCACCACCUAGUCGCACAUCGCGUACUGGAAAACGGUGCGAAAGCUCGGACUAGAGGAGAGAGGAAGACGAGGGAGAAACAAUAAUAACAACAAUAAUAAGAAUACGAGAAAAGGAGGAGAGACGUAGAGCGUACCUACGCAGAACGCAGCCAGAGAUACGACGAGAGACUCGCGGUCGGGAUGGCGCAACGGAUGCUGCGCUGAGUCUGGAUCUCUUCUGCCGUUGCCGCUUGAUGCUGCUGCUCGCCGAUGCUGAUGCUGAUGCUGCUGCUGCUGCUGCUGCUGGUGUUGGUCGUCGUCGCAUCGCCGAACCCGCGGCAAGCCGGCGUUCGUCGUUCAGUAGUUUCCCGGACGUCGUACCGGCAUCAUCCGAACUGCUACAGAUUCGAGACACGAGCAGUGCCAACCCGACCACCGGGACACACCGCGACUCGCUCUUAUCGCGCCGAAUGAAAUAAUUCUGAUUGCUUGCGCACGUUGUUUUUCGUUUCUUGGUUUUCUUUAAUUUUUAUUUUUUCGUUUCGGUUUAAUUGUUUUGUCGUCAUCGUAAACUUUUUUAUGUUGCUUUUUUUUUGUCACUUACGACAUUCAUCAAAUUUUCGUCUCCUAUACACUCAAGUAUAACGUAUACCGAGAUAAUAUUUUCGCAGAUUUAUAGAUUUAAAUUUUGUCGAUAAUUUUUUACUUGUGGCGGGACGUGCUGCAAUAUAUGAGGUGACAGGGAUCUCAAAAGGCACCGACUUGUUCACCCGAUUUAAUAAUAAUAUUAAUAAUAAUAACUGUGCGAAUACAUAUAAACAAAAGUUUGGUUCAAUUUUUUUUUUUCUUCGAUUUCUUGUUUUAUCGGUGUGUAAAUCAACGUCAUGAAAAUAUCAAGAUUCAAGAGAAGAAAAGUUUGAUGCACGCGUACGAAUGAAGAAAAGAAGAAAAAUGUUCGGACAGUGAAAUUACGUAAUUUCGUUACAAUUUGCUCACACAACUGAUAGAAUAUCGCUCGAAGGUGCAACGUUACUUGGAAGAUUCGUCAAUUAAUAAUUGGAUAACAAUUCCGGAGAUAACGACAAAAAUUAAAAUUAAAAGAAAAAAUUAACAAAGAUUAUCGUGAUAUUGUACGAUAAAAGGAUAUAAACGAAUAACGAACAAUAAUCCGAGAGUAUAUAUAUAUAUGUAUAUACAUAUAAAUAAAUUGAAAAGUAACAAAUGAAUAAAUAAAUACAGUGAACGAAACACGAAUCCGGCACAGUGACAACGAUACUACGCGAGAGAGAAGAAGAGAGGUAGAACAUAGUAGCGAGGAUAAAAAAGGUGGAUCGAGGAUUAAGUGACGGAGGUUAGCGAGACAAAUGCGACCGCGUAAGCCGAUACCCUGGUUCCCAAUAUUCGCGAACAAGCCUUUCUGAAUCGAAUAAUCAGCGGAUCGGUUGCGUCGGGAUCGCGAUCACCGGCACACUCGGCUGCCCGUUAUCGGCUCGAACGAUGAUGCCCUCGGAGUUCCGGAGGAUCAAUAUUGCCAGGACGAUACUCGAAAGCGACGCGACGUCGUCGUCGACGAUCGUUCCCUAGACCGAUGGCUCGGCUAAAGUAAGCGAAUCGACCGAAGUGAAAAAAUCUUGGAAGCCUAUCUCGCUGACGGAUAAGUAAAAACAACUGUGAAGCAUUACAAGGGAGAGAAAAAGUCCGGCGGCUAUUCGGCCCCGGCGCGGGAGGGCAGAGCAGGCCUCAUCAUCGUCAAUGAGACCGUCAUGCUGGCCUUGACCUACCCGGACGGGUCCAGGGUUCAGCGCUGCGACAACCUCCCCGAAAGACCGGGAUCACCGGGACGCGUUUCGGCCCCGCGCCGCCGCGCGGAAGAGCACCGAUUACUCACCUGGAGUUCGUACAACGCCUCGAGGCGACGUCGCACCUCCACCACCCCCGGGGAUGACGGAGAUCGGAAGGAGAGGCGGGACCCCCGCCUACCCGAGGCCGAGACGACCACCCUACCGUCCGACGAUCACCCCUCGACGACGCCGACGGGGGACCGCGAUCGCGAUUCCACGCGAUCGUCAACCUCAACGAAAUCUAGUCAUCCUGACGAUCCAGCAGCCGCUGAUCCGCGCCGGCUUUCCCCGCCGGUCCGGAACAUCCAGACGAGGCGAUCGUCCUCCUGGUCCGGAGCCGGACCCCGCGCCAAGGAUCCGUGCCUCCUCCAGGUACUCCUGAUCCUCGUGCUACUCGUGAUCGGGUGCAACAGACACUGUGGACCCUUCGGGUCGAAGGUUAAUCGCACCGCUUUUGGCGCCCUUGCGAUCGGCUAUGUAAUCGCUGGCGCCGGAUGCGCACCCGUCGACGUACUCACCGACACCGGUGUCAGGUCGGAGAGGUCGGCUAAUUUGUCACACAUCACCGGAACCUCGCGCAAGAUACGGAUGUACGUCAAGAACCGGUACCUUCAGAUACUUCCGGACGGCACGGUCAACGGAUCCGACGACGACGCGUCCGAUUACACCAUACUUCAGAGGGCGUCGGUCGCCAAGGGACUCCUUAGAAUUCAGGGAGUCGCCACGUGCUUGUUUCUCUGCAUGGACUCCUGCGGCAUUCUCUAUGGAUCGCGCGACUACACGGAGGACUGUGUAUUCAACGAGACCCUGGAGCAUCACAACUACAACACGUACAGCUCGGUGCGUUGGUCGACGGCUCGCAAGACUCUCUACCUCGGUAUGAAGCAGGACGGGCAGCCGCGGAAGGUCCAGACAAAGGGGCACGAUUCGCUGGGUCGUCUUUCGAUGUACGCCAAGGUUCUGACGUCAGCGGUACCGCAGGACCGAGUCGAGGCUUUGCAGUCGCGUUUGCUCGGCGCUCGGCACAGCGUGCGGCAUCAUCAUCGCGGCAGGCAAAAAUCCAUCUGCCCUGUGUCGAACGUCCCUCAGGAACGCGACGGACGGGACAAGUUCCGGUGCCGUAAAAGAAAGAAGCGGAAGAAGCGUCGACGACGUUGUCGGGCCGGCGAGUCGCCCUUGACCGACAAUUGCGACGCCCGGGAACCCGGCGUCGAAACACAGUCGAAACGAUCCUGCGAGGGCGCCGCCGUCGAGGAGGCUUGCAGGCGAGAGGCGCUCGAGGCUCCCUCGAAGAAACGGAAGUCGCGGAUGGGGGAGCAGAUCGGGCCGAAAAAACCGAGGCGCAAAAAGAACGCGGGACCGUCUAUGGGCCCGAAGAGAAACGGCGGGAUUUCCGGUAGGCGGAAGCCCGCCUCGAGGACUACCCGGACUCUGGGAUCCUCCCCGGCGAUGACGUCGCCGUUGUCCCGGCUCAGGCUCGCACCCUCGACCGAGUCCUCGGCCGAAAUUGUCCGACCACCGAAACCCGCGGCAGCCUCCCUUUCCGCCGUUUCCGUUGCCGCUACCAGCCUCGCCUCGACCCUGACGCUCACCCUGACCUCCACCACCGCCACAGCCCUCGGAAUAGCCGGCGUCGAUGACGCGAUCAAGUCGGAGGAGAUCGGGGACUCGGAUUAUAUCAAGACCGAGACCCUCGUCGACGGGAACGGGUUCGAGGACGAGGAUGCGGAGGACGAGGAGCGCGAGGAUGACGAGGAGAAACCCGGGAGGGGGGACGUUUUUGAAAAAACGGAAUCGGAGAGUACCGAGAGACUGGCGAUGUGAGAUAUUUUCAGACUGCUGCUCCUUGUUCUUUUUUUCACUCUCUCUCUCUUUCUCUUUUAUUCGAGACUAUUGGAUAAUUAGGUAUACCGUACUGCGAUAUGUCGUUUCUUUCGCCGAUUACCUUUAUUUUCUUUUUUCUUCCUUCUUUCAUUCGAUCGUUUUUUAUAAGAUGGUGAUGUAUCGUUAGGUAUCAUUACUCUAUAUAAUGUAUCUACAUGGUAUUUUUGCAAAUGUCGCCAAAACGUGUUAUACACGUUUUCGUCCUGUAUCCCCAGUGCGAUUUAACUAUAAAUAUAUCGUUGCGCGAUGAUCAUCGAUGCGUAACGUAUUUAUAAUAUCUUUAUAUUGUACGAUAUGAUACUUAUUUUAUAUAUAUAUAUAUAUUUGUGACGAAGCUCUUUAUACCUGGAUCAUCAUGAUAAUAGUAAUAAUUAUACGACGAAUUGUAACGGUCAAGGAAAGAAAGAAGAAAAAAAAAAAAGAUCUUACAAUAAUAAGAAACCAGUGUCGAAACAUGCGGUAAUAAAUUAUAAAAAGCGUAUCAGAUUAUUAUUUGAGUAUUGAUAUACGAUCUAUAUUUUUUGUUUCUUUUUUUUUUUAUUUUUAUUUUUUUUUUUCUAUCUGAUAAACGGCUCUCAAGUCGAUGAGAGAGAUGCAAGUGCGCUUCGCAGAGACAAUAAUGCCAAAACGAAUCUAUAGUGAUAUGAUCAUUUUCAUUAUUCAUCCAAGAUUUCAACACUCACAUUUAUUGUAAUACACACUUACACAUAUUAUAUAUUUAACACGAUCGCGCCUACGUUACGGUCUCUUUGCAAUUCGUCCGAUCCGUUAUCUUUACCUCUGUAUUAAUGAAAUUGCAGUAUACGCGAGCUGGAAUUUGUUUUUAGCCGCGAAAGUGAUGAUGAAAAAUUGUCGAUGAAAAUAGAAGGGGGAAAAUUUUACUCGGUCUAUCGUUGCGUUGUUAUUGUAAUAUGAUUGUUUUCUGAUUUUUGAAACGAUCCUAACGUACGGUGCGUCAUAAUUAAUUAUACAAUGUACAUUUGAAAACGACAAUAUUCACGCCUACGUAUACAUACCUAUUCAUUCGCCAUAAAGUAUGUCUAGUGUAAUAAUAAAUAAUAAUAUUAUUAAUAAUAAUAAUAAUAAUAAUAAUAAUAAUAGUAAUAACAACAACAACAACGUCUUAGUAAACGGCUAGAAGAAUAAUUAAUUAAAAAAAAAAAAUAAAUAAACGAAUAAAUAACAAGUCGAGAAACAAAUUCUAAUUGCGAAAUAUCGACGAUGUAGCGGUAAGAAUAGAAACAAAAAGAAAAAUGAAGAAAAAAAAACAAAAAAAAAAAGAACCACUGCCUAUUUAUUUGUCUGUUUUUUAGUCUGUCUUAUAACGUAAAUAAUACUAUUAUAAUUGUAUAAUGUACGGUUAAACGACGAGUUGAUAUAUACGUAAAUUGUAUAAUCAUCAUCGUGCAUAAAAAAUUGCGGAAACGAAUUCUUCACUUUUCUGCACACCUACCUAUCUAUAUCAUUAUAUUAUUGUAAUGAUGAAAUUUGUCGAUUAGGAGGAGAAACGAAUAGUUGAGUAAAUCGAUUGAAUAUUUAAUAAAUAAACUAUCAAUUAGAAGAAUGAAGUAUUUCCAUUAGUUUCUAGUUUAGGGAUACGUAGUAUGAGAAACGAAACGAUAGAAGAAAAAGAAGAGAAAACAAUUUGGAAAUAAUAAAAAAAAUAAAUUAGAAAAAAAAAAAAAACUCAAACCUGUCAUUUCAACAAUCCACGUCGCUUCGGCGAAUUAGGUAUAUUAUACGAAACAGAUCGGGCCUCUUUUCAAACUUGAACAGAUUUUUAUCGUCUUUGUAUCGUAUACUUUUGUGCAGAGGCAAAAAAGGACAGACAAACAAGUUUUUUUUAAAAAAAAAAAAAACCAAAAAAUCAACGACUCACACGAAUUACAGAACUUUAUCUCUUGGUAUAAAUAUUGAAACGCAAAACCGAUCUGUAUAAUUUAACCGUUGUGUCACGGAUCCAGGACCUUGAUAAUAAUCUGAGAAAACAUAGGUAGGUACAUGUAUAUUUGAAAAAAAAAAAAAAAAAAAAAAAAAAACAUACCAUCAACGAAAUAA